AGUUAAAAAAUCGGAUCCAGAUGGAUAAUCCAAGCAAUGCGACCCGCUCGACCUACGCUCAGCCUAGGGUCGCUGGCUUCUGGCCAUGGACUUCGAACUGCGUAAAGCUAAAACCCUAUCCUCCUUGGCGGCGCCGUUGCCGGACAAAUCUCCGAAGGGAAGUAUCGAUGCUCCCAUCGCCCCUUUUCUGGAUGUGAUCAAUCUCCACUCUUCCUUCUUCACAACCAGCUCCUGCUCCGGCCGAAUCUCUAUCCUCCGCCAACCUGGAGAGAGCCUUAAACCAAACCCUGACGAUGAUAAAAUAAACCCUAGGAGGAGUAAGAAGAAGGCUGGAGGCGGCGGAUGGAUUUUUGUCUCGCACGAACCUGCGGAUCCGGAGGCCGUGGUCGACCUUCUAUUCAAAUCACCAGCAGCGCGGAGUGCAGUGGAGAUGGAAGGAGCCGAAGGCGGUAACUUGGUUUUCAGGUUUGAGCCUCUUAUUGUUGCAGUGGAAUGUAAGGACGUUAUGGCAGCCCAAGAGCUCGUUGCAACUGCAAUCGCCUGUGGCUUCAGGGAAUCCGGUAUUACAAGUAUGCAUAAGCGUGUUAUGGUUUCCAUACGUUGCUCUAUACGAUUGGAGGUGCCUUUAGGUCAGGUUGGCCUGAUAAUGGUAUCACCAGAGUAUGUUCGGUAUUUGACUGGGAUUGCCAAUGAGAAGAUGGAGGCCAAUAGAAGGAGAACAGAUAGUUUCUUUCAUGUUUUACAAGAUAAGGUUCUUCCUGGUUCAGCAAAGACGCUAAUCCACUCUUCUGAAAAGACUCAAGCCCGAGUAGCUGGUGAAAGAAAUUUACUUGAUUUCGAAGCUAACCAGAGGAACGUGGUAUCCAAGAAAUUACAAGCUGAACGUGAGCAGUUGCAGUCUCCUAACCGACAUAAUGUUUUGAAUUCUGUUGAAAAUAAAGAGAUGCCAGGAAUGCACAGAUUAUCUCUUUCCGUUGUUUCAUUGACGAUUCUUGGUGAACCUAUUGAAAAGCUUUUCCUAUGGGGUCAUUCAGCAAAUCCUUUAAUCAAUAACGGAGUUAAAGAAGUUAUCAUCUUUGGCGGGUUUGGUGGUAUUGGUAAUCAUGCACGAAGAAAUUAUACUUUGUUGCUUGAUACACAAUCUGGACACUUGAAGGAAGUUGAUGCUAUUGGAUCUCCAUCACCUCGUGUUGGUCAUACUUCUACAGCAGUGGAAAAUAUUCUCUAUGUGAUCGGAGGCAGGGGGGGUCCAAUGCAAAUUUUUGAUGAUGUUUGGGCUUUUAACACUACUGAAAAAAGAUGGACAUUGCUAGAAUGCAUUGGACAUACCUUUCGUCCUCGGCACCGGCAUGCAACGGCAGCCAUAGGCGCAAAGAUAUAUGCUUUUGGGGGUCUAAAUAAUGAAGUCAUUUACUCCUGCAUGAAUGUUCUGAAUACUGAAACUUUGGAUUGGAUUAAUGCCAGCAUUUAUGGGGAAUUACCAUCUGCUCGACAUUCACAUUCUAUGGCUGCAUAUGGCACUCAUUUGCUUAUGUUUGGAGGCCAUGAUGGGCAGAAAGCACUAGGCGAUCUUUAUAGUUUUGAUACCAAAACAUCUAUAUGGAAAAGGGUGAAGACUACUGGAAGAGCUCCUUCUCCUACGUUUUCCCAUUCUAUGUUUGUAUAUAAAGAUUUUGUUGGCAUCAUUGGUGGUUGCCCACUCACGCAACAUAAUGAAGAGCUUUCUUUGCUAAAUCUGAUCAAUAAAAUGUGGAUUAAUGUGUCCAUAAACAGUUUUGACAGGGUUAUUUGGAUCCGUAGUUCAACCAGUGUUAUAGAUGAUGAACUUAUUAUUGUUGGGGGUGGAGCUUCUUGUUAUGCAUUUGGCACAAAGUUUAGUUAUCCAAUGAAGAUGAGUUUGAACCUGGCAUCCAUAGAGGAUACUUAUUCUUGCGGGGUAAAUGAGGAAUCAGUUACCUGUUCUGCAAUGGAAGGACAACAUAUCUCACAACUUAAUGGAAGCAAAUUGCAGGAUCGGUCGACUGCUUUGUGGCCUUAUUUAGAGGCUGACUUAUCUAAUAAUGAACAUGGAAUUUACUCAGAUCCUAAGAACCUUGCUCUACAAGUCAAGAAAAAACAUGCUAAGCUUGUGAAGGAUGUAUUGAAGAAGUUUGGAUGGAUGGAUCUCACUAAGAAGGUUUAUCACAGUUUUGAUGGCCUUCAUAUUUGUUUACCAAUCUCUCGAGAGUUUUACAACUUGUAUCAAAAAGAAUCUCUCAACUCUAAGGAGAAAGCCAUUGAUUUAUGCAUAGAGAAUGUUCUUCUCAAAAAUUUUUCAGUAAAUGGGGUUUCCAUUUCAAUGGCUUUGGACAUUUUCUCAUCAUGUAAAGCUUCCAUAAUUAUUGAUGAUACUUCGUAUGAUAAAAGGAUACCAAGUACUCCUCAAAAAGUUAUGAGAGAAAUGGUCUCUUCUCUGUUGACAGAAAAAGGUUUGCCAUUGAGAAUGUUAGAAGAGCUGCCUGUUAGGUGGGAGCGGCUUGGUGAUAUUACUGUGCUUCCAGUUUCAUCUUUUAGCGACCCAAGAUGGGAUUCAAUUGCAGAGGAGCUUUGGCCAAUAGUGGCAAAAUCACUCAGGGCUUUGCGCCUUGCACGCCAGGGGCGUAUCUUACCUACUGAAACACGAGACAGCACUUUGGAAAUCCUUGUGGGUGACAGUGGGUGGGUUACUCAUCAAGAAAACGGAAUCCUUUAUUCCUUUGAUGCCACGAAGUGCAUGUUUUCCUCGGGCAACCUUUCUGAGAAGCUUCGCAUGGCCUGCCAGGAUUGUAGUAAUGAGGUUAUUGUGGAUUUAUUUGCUGGGAUUGGAUAUUUUGUGCUACCAUUUCUUGUCAAGGCGAGAGCUAAACUUGUAUAUGCAUGUGAGUGGAAUCUGCAUGCUAUUAAGGCUCUUCGGCACAACAUUCAUGCAAAUUCUGUGGCAGAUAGGUGCAUUAUACUUGAGGGAGAUAAUCGUGUGACAGCACCUGAAGGUGUUGCUGACCGAGUAUGCCUUGGCCUUCUUCCUUCAAGUGAGUGUAGCUGGAGGACUGCUGUGAAGGCGCUAAGAGCUCAAGGUGGUUUACUGCACAUCCAUGGCAAUGUCAAGGACUCUGAGGAGAAAUCUUGGAUGGAUUACGUUGUUGAAUCAAUAGGUCGCAUUGCAGUAUCUGAAGGAUUGCUUUGGGAUGUUUCAGUUCAACAUGUGGAGCGAGUGAAAUCUUAUGGGCCUCAUAUUCGUCAUAUUGUAGCUGAUAUAAGAUGUAAAAAUUUGUGAUUUUUACUCUUUUGUAAGAAAGGCUUUUAAUUUAGGUAAUUGGGGCAACUCAUUUUUGCAAUUAUUUAUUUUUCGCUU